GGGGAACACGAUUGACCAAAACCGUUUGAGUGAGGACUGUAGGUAUUUCCAGUGGACCUGUCUGCAGGCUCAGGUGCUCUCUGAAGGUUUUGUUAGUGCGCAGCUGCAACAUUGUUGCACACCGCUGCAGAAGAGAGGAAGAAAAGGUUCGUGUUUGUCGGUACAAGCAGUGAAAGUGGCUACACAGCCGCUUGCUUAUUGUGCAUAGUAGUGUCACAGGCCUGUUAAGAAAGAGCCUCCAGCUUCAUCCCUGACUGAUGGAGGUCCUCAGCUUCGUGUGUGCUGUGCUUCUGUGCACUGUUGUGGUGCACGGUAAGCCGACGUUAAGGAAAGAGAGAGUUCUUUAUCAGGACCCAGAACUGAGCAGGAAAGCUCACGAAGACAAUAAAAGCUUUCAAUACGACCAUGAGGCCUUUCUUGGGAAAGACGAGGCCAAGACAUUUGACCAGCUCACCCCGGAGGAGAGCAUGGACAGGCUCGGUAAAAUAGUGGACCGGAUAGACGGCAACGUCGAUGGCUACAUCACCACAGCAGAACUCAACGCUUGGAUUAAACGCGUACAGAAGCGUUACGUUUAUGAGAACGUGGCGAAGGUGUGGACAGACUAUGACCUGAACAAAGACAACAAGAUUUCAUGGGAUGAGUACAAGCAAGCCACUUACGGAUACUAUCUCGCCAACCCGGAGGAGUUUGAGGAAGCAACAGACCAGUUCAGCUUCAAGAAGAUGCUCCCGCGUGAUGAGAGGAGGUUUAAAACAGCUGAUCUGGACGGGGACCUGGCAGCAGACAGAGAAGAGUUCACAUCCUUUCUCCACCCUGAGGAGUUUGAACACAUGAGGGAUACUGUGGUUCUGGAAACCCUGGAGGACAUUGACAAGAACAGUGACGGACACGUGGACGAAGAUGAGUAUAUUGCCGACAUGUUUGCUCAUGAGGAAGGGGGUCCGGAGCCAGACUGGGUCAAGACCGAGAGGGAACAGUUCUCUGACUUCCGAGACUUAAACAAAGAUGGUAAAAUGGACCAGGACGAAAUCCGCCACUGGAUUAUGCCACAAGACUACGACCAUGCCCAAGCUGAGGCCAGACAUCUGGUGUAUGAGUCUGACCAGGACAAGGACCAGAUGCUGACCAAACAGGAGAUCCUCGAAAACUGGAACAUGUUUGUGGGAAGCCAGGCCACCAACUACGGAGAGGACCUAACCAAGAACCAUGACGAGCUCUGAGCUCUCAGUGCAGCUUCUGACGUGAGGAGGGUCGGUGAAAAGCUUAGUCUUUUAAAGACAGAAUCACAGACUUUUGCACCUCCUCCCACGACCACAACCACCACUCCAUCCUUUCCACGUAAUAGUGGGAAAGAUGUUAGAGUGUUGGCUUAUAAACUAACACUAUAGAUACCAAACAAGAGGAGGGACAAGGGUCGGUCCUACCACUAACGCUAAGGGUCCAUCUCGGUUUUAUAUCGACGCUUCUGACAUUCAGGAGCAGAGCCAGAUCCAGUGGACUCGCUUUCCAUCGACGGUGCCUUCCAGCCGCAUCGCCGGCUUCGCUGCCUCAGAGAUCUGUGUAGAUAGUUUCUAAUAAAAUCUGUCAAAGCUGAAUGCGGAGCUUUAGGUGAAUUGUCGGAUACAAGAACAGAUUUUUGAUAGCAAUGUUAAUGUGAAACUACAGCGCAGAAAAUUUAUUCUGAUUUUAUUUAUUGAUGAAAUCUCUUCUGAGCUUUAGCUUUGAGAACUAGAGAUCACAAAUUAUGUUUCUUUGUUUACAGUUUUCCUGGCCAUAUGAGUUUAAUGAUUUUUUAAAAUUUUAUUAGUUAAGUGCUUUAAGAACUGUUGAUUAACUAAUGUUUAAUGGCAUGGUUUUUGCACGUGUUUGGUUUUAGUGUAGCCUGUGAAAGAUUUCCUUCAUAUACUUAGUUUGAAUUGUAUUUAUUUGUAUACUUCAGGCCAACAGUUUGCUCCAUGUUAGAUUUGUAUUGACUUUUACUGAUGUUACAUUUGAGUUUUACUGUUUAUUAACUGUCUAAUUUAAUUAAGGUCGUUUUGAAGUACUGUAUUGGUUUGAUACAAAACUCCACAAGACUCCUUGCUUCCUGUUACAUCACUCCAAGGUCAUCGUUCUGUAUCUGAUGUACCAACUUUUCCCCCCACUGCAUUUGGCAUUGUGUAUAUGUAAUAUAUAAGGUUAGUGUUUUAGAACAUCAGAAAUUCAUCUUUUGACCUUUUUUUUUAAAUCACAUUUUCUAUAUUGUUUAAUGGAUAGGUUGUAUGACAGGUGUAGAACAAUGCAACUUGUGAAAAGAUCAAACUAUGAGCAGAAUUGUAGUCAAAAUUAAGUUCACUCCAAACCCUUUUUCUCCUUUUCAUCUUUUUCUGUUGUGAUUUGUUGUCCAAAACCUCAGUCGCAUUUAUAGUCCACAUCACACAUGGGCACAAACACAUCAGUCAACAUUGCACAUGCUCAUUAAUUGUGUCACAAUAAAACAUUUUUAAAAAGUA